CAAUCGUCCUAGAAGCAUCAUCGGGGUUCUCUUCUUAAAACCAGGGUUUUAAAGAUCGAAACAAAGUCAUGUCGAAUGUGCUUACAACUGUUGCYGCCAUUUAUUUGACAAUCAUYACRCUAACAGGAACAACCUUCAAUGGUCUUGUUAUUGCCGUCAUGAUYAGAAACAUUUCUUCGAUAAGCGUCCCGAACAUUUUCAUCCUCAGUAUAUGYAUCAGUGGCUUCCUGGCCUGCUCUAUUCCAGUYCCUCAAGCCAUUUGGUCCGCGUCWACAGGGCACUGGGAAACAACAAGCUGYCACGUYCAUGCUUUCUUGAUCUACUUCUUUGGGACUGUUUCGAUGCUGAAUUUGGGUGCAGUUGCCUUAGAGAAGUACCUAACAAUUGUCAAGUAYGCCUAUGCRCAUGGGAAUUUCUUGACUCACAAACAAGCUGUCAUUAUAGUUGGAGUYCUUUGGACCUUUUCACUGGUCCUCAGCGUUUUACCGUUCGCUGGCUGGUCAAAGUUCGGACCAGAAGCUUCMAACAUCACUUGCUCAUUGCGUUGGGAUCAGACGGCUCCGUUGGAURUCUCCUACUUUGUGGUGAUGUUCAUSUGCUGCUUUGUKGCACCGGUCGGUGUAAUGGUGUWCAGCUACUUUGCCAUCUUCAAGGUUCGCAUCAAUGUCAGCAAGGGUKCAUCUGGSCUWARCCUCGGGCUCAAUGACCAUACCCGUGCCGAGAUAAAGAAGGAGAUCUCAAUGGCCUUACAACUCUUGGUGCUGAUCCUCGCUUACCUUCUCGCUUGGACGCCGUAUUCCAUAGUUGUCAUCAUGAUCAUCUCUGGUGUUGGAGACACGUCUUACAUGCUUCUUGUUGCUAGCCUGUUCGCAAAAGCAUCGUUCACAUACAACCCUGUGCUCUACGCUUUCAUUUCGAAAAGAUUUCGUCAUAUGUUUCUCGCCAUGUUUUGCCAGAGGUUUAUCAACAGGGUUGUUCCAAUCACUAACCACAUGGCCUGAGAUCUUACAGGAAUCAUUACUGAUAAACAAUAGCUUAUUGGAUGGCUGAAURCUUCUCCACAUUCAUCCAGUACGUUCUUUUUUAUGCAAAAGUAGUUCAUUGCCCUUGCCUCCUGAUAAGGAUUCUUGUUUGUAGGUGAAAAAACUUUAACAGCGCAGUAGUAAACAGAAAGCAUCAUCCAUGCAUUGACAUUGUCGCCAAGCAAACGACGGCAUAUGGUUUUCAAGUAAAAAAAAAAAAACGUAAAAAAAAAUAUAAAAUGAACUAAGAAUAAAAUGAACAGCAAAAACAGCAACAGACUAAGCAUUGAAAUGCAAAAAGCGGCUAAAAAAACAGUACGAGGUUAUUACUGACCCUGUAGGCUACAACUCAACUAAGAGAAAAUGUACAUUGUAGGGCUAAAUAUACUUCGCUUUCAGGUUACGUCACAGCAGCCAUCUUGGAGGACUUAACAAAGGGKCUAUGGUUCAUUCCUCCAACAUGGCCGCCGAACUUUAUCUUUUGAAUCUCAUGUGAAUCGGUGAAAACAAUCAAUUGUAUUUACAACAUUUUUUCGUGAUUUUAGUUUUAGUUUUUUUUGUUUGUUCGCGGUAUAGCGUUUGCAUAAGAGAAUCUGCUGUGAUAUGAAACAGCGGUUAACCACUUUGAGCUCGAGAAUGGUGUAUUUUCCAUUUACCUGUUUCAAC